ACAUAUUUACUAAAAUGUUCAGCACAAGUGAAUUUAACCGAAUGUCACUUCUGAGUCUGCUGUUUUUAGUCGCCUUGACAAAAGCAAGCUGCACAUCACGUUAUGUUUCUUCAUUAAUACAUGAUAUAGACUGGAAAAAGGUUCAAUCAAAAGCUCCUUGGUAUGAUGUUAUCGACAUUCCGCGUCCUCAAGAACCUGUUGGAUGUUGGAAUUUUAAUAAUUUCACCGACGAAGGAGACAGGCUUGUUUUAACGACAGAGAACUUCAGUGACAAAAGCGUUGAACCCAGAACUCAUCAGUUCGAGAUAACUCGAGAUCAAAAAAGAGGGAUUUACCAUCUCAAGAAAAAUGACUUUGUCGAGGUGUUUAAUAGUUUUGCAGGUUCAGAGAAAAAGCAGAGCACGAUUCAACAAGAAUCCGAAGAUUUAUCUUCAGAAGAGGUUUUCUAUUUAACCGACUACGACAACUUCUUCAUUGCGAUUUACAAGUCCUACAACGGUUGGACUGGUUAUGUCAAAGCAAAAACUCCUCAAAUCACUUCAAAUCAACUUCAACUAAUCUCAGAUGUUCUGACUGAAAACGGCCUCGAAUCUCCGGUAAUGACCUUGAAAAAUUUAUGCCUCCGGAUGGGAAAUAGAUUCAAUGACCCUGCUGCCGUUAUUGUCGUCUGAUUUCAGAACUUCUACUUGAAAUAUAAAAAUUUUCAUUUAAUAUAACAAAAUGCUUGUACACAGAAAAUACGGCGCUCCCGAAGUAUGUGCACCAAGAUGGCGCACAGCCUGAACCUCAAUCUGGUACAACUACUAUGUUCAGGUUGUGCGCCAUCUUGGUCCACAUAAUUCUGGAGGUCCGAAAAUACUAUAUAGAAAGGCGCACUUCGCCUAGCCCCUCCUACUUCAACCACCCUAGCCAUCGCUUUGCCUUAUAUCCCAACUGCCAUUACAAGUACUAUAUGUAUUUUAGAUUGUUUGUUUUGUUUAAUAUUUAUCAGAAGAAUGAAUACCGCACAUUUUUGUUUUACGCCAGUAUGGCUUAGUGCAAGGGUGCCCAACCACGCCAGACUGUUUUUUGCGGCCCGCCCUAUAAAUUUUGUAAGCAGACUUUUUGAACUUUCACUAUGUUACAUAGGCGAAAGUUUGUUUCGUGAUUUUGGUGUGAUAUUCCAUCCAUCUAUCUACAUACGGAUGCCGAUUCUUAUUGUUAUGUAUGUAUCAAGUCUUGCGCCCUGAUGGACAUCGACGUUAGGAUUUUUUUUAUUUCUCGCAGAACUGUGUGUUUUGUUCGACGAUCUUGAU